CCCUGAGUGACCGCCCGCCGGGCAGCGCACGGGGACGAGGACUUCGCCUGCGGACUCAGGCAGCGCGGGUUGCAGCUCCCGGCUCAGACCGAGGCUCACUCGGCCGGGGAGAGGGUCGCAGGAGCAGUGGGCCGAGGGGUAGGGCUUGGGGUGCAGGGAGGGCCUCGGGUCUUGGGCUGGGGGUGCAGGGCUGGGAGGAGGGCGGGGGCGCCAGGCGGCUCCGGGGAGCCCAGGGACAUGGCACUGCCCGACGAUGAGGAGGGGACAACGGUGGCGAACGGGCACCCGCCCGCGAACGGAUACCUCCCGGUCCCGGGGGACGCGCCCUCUGGAAAGGUGAGCGCGGAGACGCAGAACGGGCCCAAAGCCGGCUGCCUGGCCCUGAAUGGGGUCUCUCGGGACAGCCCCAAGGCCGCCUCGGGAGCUCUGGACAGGCCGAAGACUCCGCUGGCCCCGGAGGAGGAGACCCAGGCCCGGUUGUUGCCCAAGGACCCCGGCGAGCAGACGCCGGCGGUCGAGGGCACCCUGGUGCCCCGGACUGCGCUCUCCGCGCGGCGCUUUUUGGUGCUACUGAUCUUCAGCCUAUACUCGAUGGUGAACGCGUUUCAGUGGAUCCAAUACAGCAUCAUCAGCAACGUUUUCGAGGGCUUCUACAACGUCUCCUCGCUGCACAUUGACUGGCUGUCCAUGGUAUACAUGCUGGCCUACGUGCCCCUCAUCUUCCCGGCCACCUGGCUGCUGGAUACCAGAGGCCUGCGGCUCACCGCCCUGCUCGGUUCCGGCCUCAACUGCCUGGGGGCCUGGAUCAAGUGCGGCAGCGUGCAGCAGCAUCUCUUCUGGGUCACCAUGUUGGGCCAGUGCCUGUGCUCUGUGGCCCAGGUGUUCAUCCUCGGCUUGCCCUCCCACAUCGCUUCAGUGUGGUUUGGGCCCAAGGAGGUGUCCACAGCUUGCGCCACCGCCGUGCUAGGUAAUCAGCUUGGAACUGCAGUUGGCUUUUUGCUGCCACCAGUUUUGGUGCCGAACACACAGAAUAACACACAACUGCUGGCUUGUAAUAUCAGUACCAUGUUUUAUGGAACUUCAGCUGUCGCCACACUUUUAUUUAUUUUAACGGUAAUUGCAUUCAAAGAAAAACCUCAGUAUCCACCAAGCCAGGCUCAAGCAGUUCUCCAAGACAGUCCCCCUGGAGAGUAUUCCUAUGGGAAAUCAAUAAGGAACCUAUUUAAAAAUAUUCCUUUUGUCCUUCUAUUGAUCACUUAUGGUAUCAUGACUGGAGCAUUUUAUUCAGUCUCAACAUUAUUAAAUCAAAUUAUACUGACAUACUAUAAGGGAGAAGAAGUGAAUGCUGGAAGGAUUGGGCUAACGCUAGUGUUAGCUGGAAUGGUGGGCUCUAUUCUUUGUGGUUUAUGGCUGGAUUAUACCAAAACAUACAAACAUACUACUUUGACAGUUUACAUUUUGUCUUUUGUUGGAAUGGUUAUAUUUACUUUCACACUAAACCUUGGACACAUUAUCAUCGUGUUUGUCACUGGAGGGUUGCUUGGUUUCUUCAUGACUGGUUACCUCCCCUUGGGUUUUGAAUUUGCUGUUGAAAUCACUUACCCUGAGUCUGAAGGUACUUCAUCUGGUCUUCUUAAUGCUGCUGCACAGAUAUUUGGAAUUUUAUUCACAUUGGCGCAAGGAAAGCUCACAUCAGACUAUAGUCCUACGGGAGGGAACAUCUUCCUCUGUGUUUGGAUGUUUGUAGGCAUCAUUUUAACAGCAUUAAUCAAGUCCGAUCUGAAAAGACACAAUAUAAAUACAGGAAUUACAAAUGGCGAUAUUAAAGCUGUAAGUAGUGAAUAUUUUUAUGAUUAUACUAUUGAGAAAUGUGUGCCUAGAGUGAGUAUAAACCCGUCUGCCCCAUCAGCUGUUGUUUUAUUCCUGUGGAUCUGUCAUAAUGGCAUAUGCCAGAUACGUACUGUAAAUUUUUUAUCCUCUUAUUCUUUCUACAGGUACCAGUUGAUAGCCCCACAGAUGAAGAAUCAAAAACUAUUCUGAUGUCCAAGCAAUCAGAAUCAGCAAUUUGAGGUGAAAGGAAAAGUUAAUAUCAUGUGAUAAUUGAGUAAUAAAGCUUAGUUUAUAGGUUGUGGGGAAUGGACACUUACUUGAAAAUUAUUGUAUGACUCCUGUAUGCAGUUACUGUUCUUAUUUGUUAAUUUAAGCAAUAUUUUGCUUAAAAUACUUUUGUUUACCUCAUUUUAACACUACCAUUUAUCUAAUGAGUGUCCCAUCUUAUAUUAUUGACCUAAAAGUAAGCUUCUUGACAUUUGGUUUUUAAAAGUGAAUGUUCUUUUUGUAGAAAAUUGAAGCUUAGAAGGCUUUCUAAAAUGAUCAUAUGGAGGUCCAAUCCCUUCAAGUCACAUAGGAGUACAUGCAAUUUGUUUAUAUAAAACUAUCCAGUGGAACCAAGUGUACAAUGUAUUCCUAAUUAUCUCCCUUUCCAUUGUUCAGACCAGCUGUCCAAGCCCCCUCAGUGUGAAUACAGUCUACAACUAUGACACUUCUAACCCACCAAAUGACACUAUUGGGAUGAGACUUCCAGAUGACCUCUUAAGAUUUUUCCCAUUUCUUACAUUCUUGUUAGAAAAUACUUUGUAACAGGUACUGUCAGUGACCAUAAAAACUUUUCUGUGUGCAGACGGAACCCAUAACUUUGGUCUUAGGCAUAUGUUCUCAUUAAGCGAAGUAGCUCAGACACAGACUCAUUACCUUGAGUUCUUCUCUGUGCUGCCUUCCCAUUCAUCAUAAGAAUGCUAACACUAUAUUUUUCCACUCCAACUUGAUAUAGAGUAGUUUUGUAUCCACUACCUUUUUUUACUCUUUUUUUCUUCAAUAUAUAACUUUCUAGUAAGAAAAUUUCAUCCUAUGUGUUACUGGCUUUUUCAUGAUUUUUUGUAUCACACCUUAUCCUUUUGCCUUGAAGAUUCCUGAGAUAAGGAAAUCUGUAAUAACUUCAGGUAGCCUAGGUAUUCCCAUUUAGUGGAGACCUCUUGAAAUGCUGUCUGUUCUAAUUCAGAAAAUCAUUCUUUAUGGAAUCUUUAUCAUUCUUUGUGGAAUCCUGUGCCCAGGUGUGUGCUCCCUCAGUGUGUUGGGGGAGUGGAUUCUUUUCUUCACCACAGAAUGUGCAUAGGCUCCAAACUGUUGGAACAUCUGCUCUUUUACAUGCUCAGGGUAAGGAGAAUAGGACCAAAUGCAUUUCCACAGUGCCUACCACUGCGUUUUGUUUACAGUGAGAAUCUCAAUGUUGUUCAUGUCCUGGCUCUCUAAGCUGAUAGGGAAUAUCUUUAGAGUAAUGGCAUUUAAACAGCCAUAAUAUUUAUAUUAUGUCCACAGAAACACAAAAAGCCAAUCAGGUAUUCCCUUGAAUAUCCUUGAAGUGAAUUAGCAAUUCUGAUUUGGGUGUACUAUAUGCAUCGCUUUAUACUGAAAUUAUAACAUUCUCUGUAACCAAACGACAGUAAAUUAUGUGGAAUCUUACUCUGGAGAACGUGUUACCAGAAGAACUUAGCUGGGAAUCAGGAACUUCAGGUCUAUGUCCUGGAUCUGUUUCUAGUUUCCCUGUAAAUCAGGCAGCACUUUCCUCAUCCGUAUAAUGAAUGUGUAAAAUUUGAUCUCAGAGAUCUUUUUUGAAUUUUAAAUGCACUCAUCGGGGGAUAGACCAAAUCAUUGUACCACAGGAACUUAAAUCUAGCUGUAGAAAAAUUCCCUGGACAGUUGAAUAAACAACUAUGAUUGUUACCUUGUAGAUAUAGGGAACUUAAAAUCUGUUUUUAGAACUCCCCUGGUGGCACAGUGUUUAAGAAUCCGCCUGCCAAGGCAGGGGACAUGGGUUCAAGCCCUGGUCCGGGAAGAUCCCACAUCCUGUGGAGCGUCUAAGCCCGUGCACCACAAAUACUGAGCCUGUGCUCUAGAGCCCGCGAGCUGCAACUACUGAGCCCGCGAGCCACAACUACUGAAACCCAUGCACCUAGAGCCUGUGUCUGCAACAAGAGAAGCCACCACAAUGAGAAGCCUGUGCACCACAACGAACAGUAGCCCCUGCUCACCACAACUAGAGAAAGCCCUCACGCAGCAACGAGACCUAACACAGCCAAAAAUAAAUUAAUUUAAAAAAUAUGCAUGACAAAAUUUUUAAAAAAUAAAAUCAAAUCUGUUUUUAGCCUUUUUGUUCAGUUGGUGAUAGCUCAGGCACAAUAUGCUGAAUCAUUAACUUCCUUAGAUAUUUACGUCACAGAUUUUAUGGCCAAAAAUAUAUUUUAAGGUACCUCCUCUAAAUAAUUGUUUUUACUUUUAAACAGUCAGUGUUAUUUCAAAUAAUCAUAUACUUGUCAAGUUCCUGAGGUUUGAACAAAUUACAGAUAAAAGUUGGAAUAUUUUAUUUCUAAAAAGCAUAUAUACAUAUAUGUCAUAUGUAUUUUUCCUUGUUGAUUAGAAAAAGAAUGAAAUAUGAUGUGACAAAACACAAAAUGAAUUGAUAAUUUUUCUGUAUUUUGAAUUAAAUUUGUCUGUAAUACAUCAAACAAGAAUGUCAUGUAAUUCUAUGUCGUAUCUUUGGAAUAUGGAGUUGGUAACUAUCACUUGUGUAAAUUUUAAUCAAGUGAUUUUAGAAAGAAACUGGAUGCUUUCAAAAGCUCUUGUAUUUAUAAAUGUUGCAAAUAUAGCUUUUGCCUUUUGUGAAUGUUGGAGAAAUGUCUUUAAAAAUGUGUUUUAAAAAUAUGUGUAAACAUAGAGUAUUGCCAGAAGAAUGCCUGUCAGUCUUAAGUCAUUUUUCAUGUUCUGAUUUUUGCUUUUUGUACUAUUUAGCUGUAUUCUUGUUCUUCAGUUAUUUCAGACUUGAGAUAAAUUUAUUUUUUUAAGGCUAA